UUCUAAUAAGCCGCCGUCGAUCGGUGUCUCGUUUACUUUGUCGCGUGCUUUUGUUUUGUACGCGUGCACAGCACUAGCGAUUGAUUGUCAAUUAUUGAAGUUUGUUGUUUUAUUUUCGUUGUAAUUUAUUUCGAGGAAGAAAAAAGUUACGUGAAGUGGAUUUUUGCAUUGGAAGGAAGAUUUUUGGACGACUCUAUUUAUACUGAGAUUUUUGAAAUUUAAUUUUUCAAAAUAGGACACUACAGACCCACAAGCAAAAUGGCCCUACAAACUGCGGAAGCCAUGCCUGUCAUUUACGGGCCUUCUUCUGGGUCCAGAUUGCCGAGUUAUACCAGAUAUAGUACCAGGGAUACCACGGAAGAACAGGAUAACCUACCCAAAGAUCCGAGGUUGUGGACCAGAGAACACGUGGCCCAAUGGCUGAGCUACGUCACAAACUCCCACGGGUUACCGGAAGUACCCUGCUCCAGAUUUUUAAUGAACGGAAAAGCUCUUUGUUUGAUGUCCCCCACCAUGUUUCUGUCGAGGGUGCCCUUGGGCGGUAAACUCCUUUACAAAGACUUCCAGUUGAGGUUAUGUUCUGCGUUGUACUCCGUCAAUUAAGGUUAUGUUUGACAGGUGUCAAAUUAGCAGGGGUGCUAGAUUAUUACUGUAAAUAUGUUGAUUCCAAAGGUUUAUAUUUAAUAGGUGAUUAUUUAAAAGACUGUUUUAUUUUUUUUUGUAAAAUUCACGUUUCGUGGGUUAUUGUCAUUUUUGGCAGCACUAAAUAAAUGUUACCAACUUAAUGAAUUGUCCAUUUUUUGAUAGAUAGAUAUUGAAAAUAUUUUGUGUAUAGGAUUUGUUUCACAGUUUUGUAUAUUUUGCUAGUCAUGUAAAUAUUUUUAUUGAAUAAAGUGUACA